AUAAUCGCAUUAUAAUAGAUUGUACAUUUAGAUUCAACAAUAUUUGCAUCCAAACAUGGCAGAAGCUCCAUCUCCAAACACUAAUCUCAGAUUAUCUGGAAAAAUAGCCAUCGUGACUGGAGGUGCUAGUGGCAUCGGAGAAGCCACGGUGCGUGUUUUUGCUAAUGAAGGCGUUCUAGUGGUGGUGAUUGCGGACAUCCAAGACGAGCUUGGAAAUCAAGUAGCAGCAUCCAUUGGCAACCAAAGGUGCAUCUAUGUCCAUUGUGACGUUGCAGACGAAGAUCAAGUUCAAAAUCUCAUCGAAUCAACGGUCAAUACUUAUGGGCAGGUAGAUAUAAUGUUCAGCAAUGCUGGAAUUGUUAGUCCCACUAGUCAAACAUUAAUGGAACUUGAUAUGUCCCAACUGGACCGUUUAUUUUCGGUCAAUGUUCGAGGAAUGGCGUUGUGCGUGAAACACGCGGCGCGUGCAAUGGUGGAAGGGCGCGUGAGGGGUAGUAUCGUGUGCACAGGGAGUGUUUCCAGUAGCCAGGGAGGCGCAACUUCAACAGAUUACACGAUGUCAAAGCAUGCAGUAUUAGGACUAAUGCGUGCGGCCAGCGUGCAACUUGCAACACACGGGAUAAGAGUGAACAUUGUCUCACCAAAUGGGCUGGCUACACCUUUGACUUGUAAGUCGUUGGGGAUGAGCGAGGAGAAAGCACAAGAGACUUAUAAAAAAUACGCGAGACUUGAGGGAGUGGUGCUCACGCCCAAACACGUGGCAGAUGCUGUAUUGUUUUUAGUUUCUAAUGAGGCUGAGUUUAUCACCGGCCUUGAUCUUAGGGUCGAUGGUGGAUUCGCCUAUGGCAAAUAGUGAUUUGUACAAGAAGGUAUAACCAAAUAAAUAACAUAUAUCAUUUCAGGAUACAGAACAAUGAAUUGCUUCAAUAUUCUUGGCUAGUAGCUACAGAAGUUGAAAGCUUGUCUUUUUAGAAAGCCUUUUAACUUCACUAGAAUUUGAGAAUGUGGAUAACAAUUUUAUCUACUUUAGUGUGUUUUUUAUUGUUUAGUUUGGUUACUUGUUUACUUUGCUUCAUGAAUUGUUAGAUUUUUUUAGCUUUCUAGCUAAUAUGUUUCAUUGAUUGAGUUGCUGUUUCUAUGUUAUUUAGAGU